AUGAUCGCAUCUUCGAUCAGCGACGAUGCAUUAACUUCAGUGGUCGUUUCACAAGAUGAUCAAGUUCAAGUUUGUGGUCGUUGUUCACAGGGCACCAUUGAACGUUGUGCGGUUCAAGGAGAUCUAUCUUGUAAGAAUGUUCCAAAUAAAAGAUGUUUAGAUUUUUCUUUUUGUGGAAAUGGUAGUUUCUAUAUAACAGGAAUCAACAAUUCACAAGUUAUUGGUACCUUUUAUCCAUCUCGUUUCGAUUGUUUUCAACAAAUGAAUGGUAGACCUCUUGCACAAAAUUGUAGUAGUUGCGAAGACAAUUUCACUUUAUUGUGUCCAUCCACCAAUAAAACAACAACUGGAACAGUCACUUUGUCUACAAGUUGUAACUCAACUGGUGGUACCCAACCAUGCUCUUCAACUGAUGCUCCAACUGUAAAAAUGGUAAUUCCAGUAGGUAAAUGCUUCACCUCUAAAGAUCCAUGCAGCGGAAAUACAGGAUUGAAAACAUAUUUGAUCCAAUACAUUGAUGAGUAUAAUGUUGCAUAUGGCUAUGAAUUUAACUCAAUGGAUGAAUGUACUUCAAAUCAAAAUCAACAAUCUUUAUCUUGGGUUUGUAACACUUGUAUAGAUCCAGGAUUUCAUAUCACAUGUGACAAAACACCAGUAACACCAACUCCAUCAUCUACCACUGGCUCGAAUGGUAAUAAAAUUAGAAUGAUAAGUGGUAUUAUCGUUACACAUCUCGCUCCACAACUAGCUAGAUUGACAAGUACAAUCAGUACCAAAUACAGGAAGAUCAAUCUCACCGAUCAGGAGAUUGCAGACUUCAACGAUAUCAAAGCGGAGAUAUGCUCAUCCAGAUGUCUUAUCUACACUGACGCAUCGGACGUUGGAUCUGGUCUCAUGAUUGCCCAGUACGACGACAACAACAAUCUCCGUCCCGUGCUAUUCGACGCAGGGAAAUUUGAUUCUGCCCAACGGAACUACAGUGCACGUGAUCGCGAGUUACUCUCUUUCAUCCAUGCCGUUACCAGAUUUGGCUAUCUACUAAGUAGACCAUUUACAUCAUACAUCCCCGGAAAGGAGAACUGCAUGGCCGACUACUUGUCCCGUGUUCCGGAUUUCUACACUCCUUGGGACAACGAUCUCCACAAAGACAUCGUUGCAUCAUAUUCUUCAGAGCUCCCCAAAGCAACUAGAGAUUGGUUCCAAUCAUUCAAACGAAGACAGGACAUCACCAUUAUCAAUGAUCUUUACUAUUGGAUCGAUGGUGAUAAUAUGCGAUUGGUCAUGCUCGAUCCAGCGUCGAUCACGUCAAUAAUAAACGAAGCGCACUCUUCGCCAUUUAGUGGUCACGUCGCUUAUGGAAGAAUGCUCAAAGUGUGUCCAAUGCCAACGUUCAUACAUCAAGAAAAUCAAAGAAGGAUCUUGGCAUCACUACCUCUUCCAGACAGACCUUGGUGUGAUAUAUCAAUGGAUCUAUUAGCUUUGCCUGCUGCUGAUACAGGCGAAGACAAUCUGUUCGUAGUGGUGGACAGAUUCACCAAAAUGACCCGAUUAUUCCCAUGUCACAAAGAUGUCACUGCUAUCCAGCUUGUUAAUUUGUUUGCACGUGAGAUCAUUGCCGUAUUCGGUGCUCCUUCAUCUAUAUUACUUACCGCAGGCGGACAAAUGAUUUUUAAAAAGGAUUUAAGUGCUCGGACCUGGAAUCGAACCAGGGUUAGGAGGACCACAACCUCAUGUACUGCCACUAUACGAUCCGAGCAUUUGAUGAUGGCCAAUAUUUGGUUCUAG